AUGCAGUGCAUUAAUGGCACCCGUGAAGUUAGAGCGGGGGCAUUUAGAGCCAUAUGCAGAGUUGACACCCUUAGGUUGGGUGAUUGCCGGCCCAGUCCCCGCCUCCAAUGGUCAGGAGAAGCGUGUCCUGUGUGUCCACGGUCGGAGGACGAAGGCGAUGCUAAUCGAGAGUUACGAAAGUUCUGGGAUGUGGACAGUUUCGGUGUUCGGGCGAGAUUAGUCACCUUACACGCUGGUGAGCAGAAAGCCUUGGACAUUCUUGAUCAAUCAUGCAAGCAGCAGGAGUUUGGUUAUCAACUCGGACUUCUUUGGAAAACGAACAGACCUAGUUUACCUAAUAAUUAUGACACUGCCCUGAAACGCCUAGAAUCGGUUGAACGUCCCCUUUUGAAAGAUCCGAAGUUAGCUGAGGAAUAUAUAAAAGCGAUAAAUGCAUAUGUUGAAAAGGGAUUUGCACGCAAGUUAUCGGAAGAAGAGCGCGUAAAACAUGGUGAACAGUGGUUCCUACCCCAUCACCCUGUUCUCUCCCCACACAAACCCUUACCGAGAGUAGUAUACGAGAUGAACGUAUGUGUACCCGAUGUGUACGAGAUGAACUGUCUGUUAUUUGGAGAUAAAUCUUCACCCUGCGAGGCAAACUAUGCUGUGAUUCGCACCACCGAAGACAACAAGGAAGAAUGGCCCGUCGCAGCCGCAGUGGUCAAGCGUGAUAUAUUUGUUGAUGAUUUAUAUACGUCCUGUUAUGAUGAUGAUGAAGCAAUAACAUUGCGGAAGGAUGUGACAAAUUUGAUGGCGAAGGGUGGAUUCCCGACGCGCAAGUGGCUCUCGUCGUCACGAAAGGUCCUGGAAACGAUACCCGAAGAAGAAAAGGCUGUCCCAAAUAAGAACGUAAAUAGUCGAGAACUUCCGUCAGGGCGUGCGUUGGGGGUGAAAUGGGAUGCAAAGUCCGACAAUCUAGGCUUUGCAUUAGCACACAUUGAUCGUCCGAAGGCGCAAAAUACAAAGCGAGGUAUUCUGAAAAGAUUGGCUGCAUUGUACGACCCGUUGGGCUGGGCUAGUCCUUACGUUGUCCGUGCCAAGAUUCUUCUGCAACGCACCUGGUCUCGUGGCCUCCAGUGGGAUGAACAACUUCCACCGGACUUAGCAAUCGAAUGGCAGAAGUGGGAGGAGGAGAUGAUUUGGCUUAAAGCUUUCUCGGUCCCGCGCUAUAUCUACCGUGAGCCUUCGAAAGUCUGGUCUAAGUUUCUCAUAGUCUUUUGUGAUGCUUCAGAAGUAGCCUACGCCGCUGCUGCCUUUAUACGUGCAAAGUCAACCGAUGGAGAUUACGUGUGCCAUUUGAUUAUGUCGAAGACUCGUUUAAUGCUGCUUAAGACAGUCUCUAUUCCGCGCGGAGAAUUGAUGGCUUGUCAACUUGCUGUCCGACUGGCGAAGUCUGUCUGUGAGCAACUGGGACUUGACAAGUGUCGUGUCAAGUAUCUGUCUGAUUCCACGACUGCGUUAUGGUGGAUCAAGGGUGAGCCAAGGAAAUUUCGUCCAUUUGUUGCCAAUCGAGUGGCAGAGAUCCUGUCGGAGAGUGAUCCAAUUCAGUGGCAUCACGUUGGCACGAAGCUGAAUAUUGCAGAUAUUGCGAGCAGAGGAACGUCUGUAGCUGAUAUUUCCGCUGAUUCAACCUGGAUUCAGGGACCAGAGUUCUUAAAGUCUGAGUUCUCUGAGUGGCCUGUUGAUAAAGUUGCAGUUGAUUUUCCAGAGCCAAGUCAAGCGGAGUUGAAGAAAUCGGUUUUGAAGGUAAAGGUCGCACCAGCGAAGCCAGUUAUUGAUCCUGCGGCGUAUUCUAGCUGGAUCAAACUCACCCGAAUAACCGUAUGGAUAUUUCGCAUGUGUAACAAUCUGCGCAACAAAAGAAACGAAUAUCGGGACCGUUGACUGUGGACGAACUCGAUAAUGCUAACUUGUACUGGAUCAGAUGGGGCCAGAGCGAUCGCUUCCAAGACGAAAUCGAAGCGUUGAGAAAGGGUCGUCCGGUUUCACGAGAUAGUCGUAUUGCAAGUCUCGAUCCCCAACUCGUGGACGGUGUUUUACGGGUAGGCGGCAGAAUCGAAAAGGCGGAAAUUCCAUGGGAGUCGAAGCAUCCAGUUAUAUUGGACCACGGACAUGAUGUCACCCGGUUGAUCGUGAUCCACUACCACCGAAAACUUAUCCACGCGGGAGUCGAACAUGUCUUUAAUCACGUACGUGAGAAAUACUGGAUUUUGCACGGUCGAGCCGAAGUUAAGAACUGUACAGUUAAGUGCCCACUAUGUUUUCGCCGUCGUGUUAAACCUAUGACGCAGAGAAUGGCUAAUUUACCGAAGGUACGUCUCGCAGGCGC